AGAUGGCUUUGUCAAAGAAAAUUAAAAGUGCCAUUAAUAACCUUUCAAAGAGAAAAAAACGAAAAGCUCUUCACGAAUCUUCAGCUGCGGAUUCAGAAGAUACGUCAGCUCCGGAUUUCGAUCGAGGAAUGAGCUCAACAUCUCAUCACAAAGAACUGGGCAGGUGCCCGCUCGAGAAUUUCGAGCCAUCGACUCCACAAGCCGUUUUUGAGCUGGAUGAAAGUUCAAAUUGUCAAGAAUCGAUCGAUAAUCCAAUGAAACGACAAAAGUUGAUGGCAUUUUGUGAGCAGAUUUCUUCUCCGCAAGCACCAAGCACGAAGAUGGGCAACAAAAGGUCGAAUAUAAGGAAUCUGGUCUUAGCACAUGCUGCCCGUAAAGCGCUACGCUUAAAUUCGCAAACCGACGCUUCAACAACUGCCGAUGAACCUUCUACUAGUGGAACCACCGGAAUAGUCGAGAAAAAGGAAACCAUGAAUGAACGAAAAGCGCCAAUUUUUGUGGAAACUGUCAAAAUGGAAGAAGAAAAAUUUCAAGACGAUUCGGCAGAGGAUGAACCACCUCCGAACCUUGCCCCAGCUCCUCCGAUUCCACGUUUUGCAGCGGUUCCCGUGUUUCCUCGUUCUAGAAUUCCAAGUACAUAUCCAUAUCGAAGAGUUGAGCCAUUCGAGCAUACUUCAGAACACGGAUAUUCAUCAGUUGAACGAUAUAAUGAAGAAGUUGCAACUCGAUUUCUACUUGGAAAUGGACUUCCACUAACUUCAAUUGAAGAUCAUGAUUUGAGAACAUUUCUGACAACUUUAAAUCCAAGUAGAUCACUUCCAGAGCCAAGUAAUAUGACUACAAAAGCAUAUGGAGAAUAUAGACCGUCACUGUCAUAUCAAAAAUCAAUUGGACCACUAAAUGUGACUAUUGAGGCGAUUCGGAAAAACGAUGAAAUUUUCCUUUCUAUUUCCGUUCAUUAUUACGAUUCACUUGGAGAACGGCAUAAUACUGUUCAUUUUGAGAAGAUUAUUCUGGCAGAUUAUGAAGGAAAAGUGGUGGCAGAUCGAUUGCGACGGGUUAUUGAUGCGAAUAAAUCGAUGAAUUUUGGAAUUUCGAAUAUUCUUUCUCCAAAUCUUCGAAUGUUGACUUUAGUAGCUGAAAAUAUGCCUUUUAAGAAUAGAUUCAUCUGCUUCUUCUCAUAUCUCAGCAACAUUGCCCGUGAAGUCAUUCAAAUUCCAGAAUUCUUGAGCUCUCUGAAAUUGCUCAGAGAAUACGUUGGAGCUCUUCGCAAGCAUCCAGAAGUUUACACAAAGUUCAGAAAAAUGCUAAUAGAAUCAAAAAUCACCACGGAUAUUCCUGCUCUUGACGUUGAAUCCGAUUGGCUUUCAACUCUUCAAUUCCUCUCAACAUGUGGUCUUUUAAAUGAGACUUUUUCAAAUCUACACGAAAAUUGGUGUAUGCCAAAGUAUUUGGAUGCUGUUCAAGAGAAUUCGAUGGCUUUUCUCUUAGAUUUCUUGUUGGUGCUCUGCAACGUGGCAACUCAAAUCUGCUCGGAGGAUAGUUCAGUGUCACAAGUGCUAUAUUCAAUGUCAAUUGUGAAUAAUGCAAUUGAAAACUGUGGAAUUGUGGAGGCGAGAGAGAAAAUGCGAUCUACGUUCAGCAAAUAUUAUUCAUCGAUUUCAAACGGAAAAAUUGGAGAUUUUUAUUCAAUUUCUGCACUUUUAGAUCCCAGAUAUGGCUAUUCACCAAUGAUUUUCUCAGAAGAAGAUUGGGAAAAUGUUGAAGGAAAGCUAUUAAAAGAGAUGAGUACAACACAUCAAAAGAAUCUUAUUGUUCGAAAAGAAUUACAACGAUACAGAGAACUUUUAGUUAAUCGGCCAUUAUUUGAUGAAUCAAAUACUCCAGGAAUGUGGUGGAAUGAUUUACAAGAAGAAUUACAAUUUAUGUAUAAAAAAUGGUUUGAAUAUUCCGGACUUCCAGCUGUAUCGAUUGAUGGAAAACGAUUUUUUGCAAAAGGGGGAAAACUGGCUCAUUUGUUUGCUACACUUGAUGAGGAAUUGCAUUUUAAGGCAAUGCUUUUGGCACAGAGUUCUCAGGAUUUUGUUGGACGCGGAAGUGCAAGUAUUCUGAUUUUCAAUCAAAUAACCGACGGAGCAAGUACAUUCAGACGGCUUGAAAAUGAAGAUUCAGUUAAAAUGGAAGUUGACGCCAAUGUUGAAGAGACGGAAAUACUGGAGGAUGUUAAACUAGAACUCGUCGAGCAACCGGCUCCUGAAAUCGUACUCCAAGAGAUAAAAGCAGAGGAACCCGACGAUUUCACGGCAUAACUUCACUUCAUUUCACUAAAAUUGUAUUAAUUUUUUGAAUUUGUUGUUAAUUUUUUUUGUUUUGUGAAUUCAAUAAAUAAAAAACAAUCGAAAA